AUGGCGUCAUCCAACACCGUUAAAAUACAGGAAGUGACCCAAGUUACUCCUUUCUCCGACUCAACCACUGAAUUUUCUCUUCCUCUAACAUUAUACGACACGUUUUGGUUUAAUUUCCCUCUUGUUGAACGCCUUUACUUCUAUCAAAUCACUGACUUAACCCCUCGUUUCUUCAACUCGUUUAUCCUCCCGGACCUCAAGCACUCUCUUUCUAUCACUCUACUCCAAAAUCUUCCUCUUGCUGGUAAUCUAAUCUGGCCCACAGAUGCCCCGAAACCAUACAUCUACUAUUCCCCAAACGAUGGCGUUCCAUUCAUUGUUGCAGAGUCUACCGAAGACUUCAAUUCGAUUACUGAUAACGGAGUUCAUGAGGCUGUGGAGCUCCAUCCUUUGAUCCUUCAGUUGGUGACAUCUGAUGACCAAGCAGCGAUGAUCGCUAUACAAAUAACUUUGUUUCCGAAUCAAGGGUUCUGCAUCGGCAUAACAAGUCACCAUGCCAUACUUGAUGGGAGAAGUUCAACCAUGUUUAUCAAGUAUUGGGCUUAUUUAUGCAAACAAUUAGGUAAAGAUCCAAAAGAAGAGCCUUCUUUUUUACCAGAACUAAUCCCAUCUUUUGACCGAACCAUCAUCGAAGAUCCGACUGGUAUCGACAUGGAGUACGUGAACAACUGGUUCGCUUAUACCAGAACACGAAGUUUGAAGGUUUUGCCACACUUAACGCCGAAUACCGAUGGGGUUCGAGCCACAUUUGAGUUGACCCGUGAGGAUAUUCAGAAAAUAAGGAAUCAGGCCGAGAAACAACAACAACGAUUUCAUUUAUCAACUUUUGUGCUAACGUUAGCAUAUGUAUUUGUCUGCUUAGUUAAAGCCAGAGGAGGAGAAGAUAAUAGAGAGAUUAUAUUUGGAUUCACAGCAGAUUACAGGAGCCGUUUAGAUCCUCCAGUUCCAUUGAAUUAUGUUGGCAACUGCGUUAUGCCACAUUUUCGCAUUGCGAUAGCAAGAGAUUUCACAGAAGAAAACGGGGUUGCCUUUGUCGCAGAGAAGUUAAGCGAUGUGAUAAAAGAAAUAGAAAGGGGAGAACUUGAGGGAAGACAAGACACACUUUCAAGGAUGCUGACGUUGAUGGAAACUCUGUCUGAAGGAGUACAAUGCCUUGGAGUAUCCGGGUCGACCCAGUUUGACGUUUACGGGUCUGAUUUCAGGUGGGGGAGACCCAGGAAGGUAGAGAUUGUGUCCAUAGAUAGGAUUGGAGCUAUUGCUUUGGCCAAGAGUAGAGAUAAAAGCGGUGGUGUUGAGGUUGGUGUCGUUUUGAAGAAGCAAGAAAUGGAAGUUUUUUCUUCUCUAUUUGUUGAUGGGCUAAAAGAUUGA